AAGCAAAAAGAGGCCGAGCAUGUACACACCUUUUCCACAUGAUAAGUCCUCCCCUACUACAGGAAAACAUGGGAUAACGCACAAGGGAUGUUAGAGAGAACCAUGAAGACCUUCGGAGCUACCGCUGUAUUUCUGGCUGUCAUUAACCUGCUGACAGUGUCAUCUAUGAUUAACGACAGCUAUAUAAUCUCACCAACACCAGGUCUCCAGAAUUCAAGUAUUACUGUAAACAGCACUCCACUGAUUUCUAAUUCAUCUACAGAACCAGUCAAAUAUCAAAGCAGUCCUAAAACUGGCACUAGUCCAUCAGUCACUGCAGUAAAUGCUGAGAGCACCAGCACAUCAAGGAGCCCAAUAACUAGCACUGUAUCCACUCCUACAGAGAAGAUUACCAAUGUCUCAACUUCAACUGUCUUGAACAAAGAUGUAAAUGAUUCUACUGUUGCUUCUGUCAAAGCUUCAUCUGCACCUCCAGAAAUAGAAGGUUUAUUUGUUACAGAAGCAACAUCUCCAAGUAUCCAUGAUGUUCCCAGUAAAGAAGCAAGUACAAUGCCAAGUAGAAAAACACAAAAACCUGCAAUAAAUGACGAAGUUCCCAGUAAAGAACCAAGUACAAGGCCAAGUGUUGAACCACAAAACAAACCUGCAACAAAUGGUGAAGACUCCAAAGACCAUGGCAGUAGCAAUUCAAGUGGUGGUACAGAAAAAAUUUCUGCCACAAGUAACAAAGGAAUUAAAAUUGGAGCAGGGUGUGUUGCAGCUGUUAUAGCCGUUAUUGUCUUAGUAGUUAUCUACAAAAUAUGUCAGAAAAAGCCCCCAGCUGCAGAGAAUGAAGAAGAAAAAGCGUGUGCUGAAACUAAGGAGAAUGUUAAACUGCUUUCAGUAAAAACGGAAACUCCUACUGAUAUGAAAAGGACAUCAUCAAACCAGAUGGAAUCUAUUGAAUGUUGAAGACUAAGUGACCACACUGUUUGAACAGAUUUUAAUGUAUUCCCUAAACUACAAUGAGUUGUCUCUGUUUUAUGUGUAAUAAAGGAUACGUUGUUUUUGUGUCCUAGAAUGCCAAUAUUCCAAAACUAGAAAUGGCAAUGACUAGCUGUUAUAUUACCAAAUGAAAACUUUUGUUUUAUUUCUUUAAAGUGAACCUGUCAGCCAUCUACCAAAGUAGCACAAGCCAUCGUUACCUUUAUCAGCCACAAAACUCUUCUCUGUGUAUAUCUUCAGAUUUAUUUUUUAAAUAUAUGUAAACCUAACAAUGAACUUCUCUUAUCUGCUCACUUUUGGCGUGUUAAAUACCCCAGUGAAAGUGUUUUGUUAUGUCAUUUAUUAAGUGCAAAAAAUACCUGUUGUGUCAGACUUUUAUAGAUGUCCGAUGUCCUCUGCACACUUCUUGUGUUGUUUCAAGGAGUCUUCAGUUAUUUUCUUGCACUACAUAAUGAUCUCUAUGAUAGUUUAUGAGAAUGUUAGGAAUUUAUUAGUUUAACAAUAGCUAACUGGGCAGGGCUGACACCAGGUCCUGAAGUUUCUUGUAAUUCCACAUAAUUAAAAGCUGAGUGCAUUUCUGGAAAA